AAGUUUAACAGUCCGGGCGGGAGCCGGAAGCCCAGCGCGGAGCGGGCCGCGCCGGGGCCACUGUUGUGGCGCCGUGGACAGGUGCAGUCAUGCAGGAAAACCUCAGAUUUGCUUCAUCAGGAGAUGAUAUUAAAAUAUGGGAUGCUUCAUCUAUGACGUUGUUGGAUAAAUUCAACCCACAUACCUCAACACAUGGAGUCAGCUCAAUCUGUUGGAGCAGCAAUAAUAACUUUCUAGUGACAGCAUCUUCUAGUGGCGACAAAAUAGUUGUUUCCAGUUGCAAAAGUAAACCUUUUCCACUUUUAGAGCUUGCUGAAGGGCAAAAGCAGACAUGUGUCAGUUUAAAUUCUACAUCCAUGUAUUUGGUAAGCGGAGGCCUUAAUAACACUGUUAAUAUUUGGGAUUUGAAAGCAAAAAGAGUUCAUCGAUCUCUUAAGGAUCAUCAAAGUGAAGUCACUUGUGUAACAUACAAUUGGAAUGAUUGCUAUGUUGCUUCUGGAUCUUUUAGUGGUGAAAUUAUUCUGCACAGUAUAACCACUAAUUUGUCUGGUACUCCUUUUGGCCAUGGUAGUAAUCAGUCUGUACGGCACUUGAAGUACUCCUUGUUUAAGAAGUCCCUCCUGGGCAGUGUUUCGGAUAAUGGAGUGGUGACUCUCUGGGAUGUGAAUAGUCAGAGUCCAUACCAUAACUUUGACAGUACGCAUAAAGCUCCAGCGUCAGGCAUCUGCUUCUCUCCUGUCAAUGAACUGCUAUUUGUAACCGUAGGCUUGGAUAAAAGAAUCAUUCUGUACGAUACUUCGAGUAAGAAGGUAGUGAAGACUUUAGUGGCCGACGCUCCUCUAACUGCAGUAGAUUUUAUGCCUGAUGGAGCCACUUUAGCUAUUGGAUCUUCCCGUGGGAAAAUAUAUCAAUAUGAUUUAAGGAUGUUGAAAUCACCAGUUAAAACCAUCAGUGCUCACAAGACAUCUGUGCAGUGUAUAGCGUUUCAGUACUCCACUGCUCUCAGUAAGUCAAGUUUAAAUAAGAGCUGUUCAAAUAAGCCCACGGCAGUGAACAAGCGAACUGUGAAUGUGGGCAGCACUGGUGGAGGAGUUCAGCAUUCUGGAAUUGUCAGAGAAGCAACCGCCACUUCCGUCGCUACCGUUCUGCCACAACCCAUGACAACAGUUGUGGGGAAAGGAGCAGUCGCUGCUCAAGACAAAGCAGGUUUGCCUCGAAGCGUAAAUACAGAUAUUUUAUCUAAGGAUACAGACGGUGGAAAAAAUCAGGAUUUCUCCAGCUUUGAUGAUACUGGGAAAAGUAGUCUAGGUGACAUGUUCUCACCCAUCAGAGAUGAUGCUGUAGUUAACAAGGAAGGUGAAGAGUCCAUAGGCAAAGGAGAUGGCCUUGACUUUCUACCACAGUUGAACUCAGUAUUUCCUCCAAGAAAAAAUCCAGUAGCUUCAAGCACUCCCGUACUGCAUUCUAGUCCUCUUAAUGUCUUUAUGGGGUCUCCAGGGAAAGAAGAAAAUGAAAAUCAUGAUCUGACAGCUGAGUCUAAGAAAAUGUAUCUGGGAAAACAGGAACCUAAGGACACCUUCAAACAGCUUGCGAAGUUGAUCACCUCUGGUGCUGAAACUGGAAAUUUAAAUACCUCUCUAUCAUCUAAUCAAAUAAGAAAUUCUGAGAAAUUUGAAAAGCCAGAGAAAGAAAUUGAAGCCCAGUUGAUAUAUGAACCUCCAGUCAAUGGAUCCUCACCUCCAAAUCCAAAGAUAGCAUCCUCUGUCACUGUUGGAGUUGCCAGUUCACUCUCAGAAAAAAUAGCUGAUACCAUUGGAAGCAGCCGGCCCAACGCACCGUUGACAUCCAUUCAGAUCCGUUUUAUUCAGAACAUGAUCCAGGAGACAUUAGAUGACUUUAGAGAAGCGUGCCAUAGGGACAUUGUGAACUUGCAAGUGGAGAUGAUUAAACAGUUUCAUAUGCAGCUGAAUGAAAUGCACUCUUUGCUGGAAAGAUACUCCGUGAAUGAAGGUUUAGUGGCUGAAAUUGAAAGACUACGAGAAGAAAACAAAAGGCUGCGGGCCCACUUCUGAAAUUUCAGUGACGCUGUAAUGUGUUGUGACUUGGGAAGUUUCUGUCAGCAGAGACUACCUAGAACCAGUAUUGUUUUUAUGGCCUCCGGGGGGAAAAAUUUUUUUUUUCAAGUAGAAGGGUAACGGAAUUUUACAAUAACCACUAUUUAAUCUUCUCUGUCAAAAAUAUUUAUAUUUUUAUAUUAACAACUACAAUAUGUCAUCUGCCUAAUACAAAAGUCAACAGGAUCUGGGUUUUGCGAAAGCCUUAGCUAUACACUAAGUGCCCUUUUUCUUAUGAGAAGAAAAUUAUGCAUAAAAAUAGGUAAUGUAUGUUUUUUAAUGAUCUUUUUUUGACUUGUAUUUUUGAUUGACAAAUUGUCUUUCAAACUUCUUUGGAUAGUUGAGAUUUAAGAAAUUUGAUAUGCCUUCUAUUUUUAUGGAGAAAGUAAUUUUAAAAUGGCAAUUUGUAUUUCUAAGCCAUUGGCUAAUACAAUAUAGGGUAGCUAGCAAUUGUUUUGUUAACUUGAUGCAGUCAAGUAUGACUAUUAUUUAUUACAUGUACAUUUGAUAAGACAAUUUUUGGAAUUUUGAAUUGCACACAUCACAUUAUAUUAUUUUGCAUCUGUGUCACUAUAUUGUUCUUCUGACAAGUCUCUACUCCUGAGUGGUAUUUUUAAACUAACUUUACCUAUAAAAAACCACUGAGCUUUAGUAAGGCUCAAUAAGAGCUGUAUCAAGUUAUCUCAUGAAUUAAUAACAUGCAAAAUUAUAUCUUAAAAUUUCAAAUUGAUAUGACUCAACUUAGAAUCAGUGAAAAUUUCAUAUUAGGUAUUAAAUAUUGUAGUAUUAUUGCCAUUUUGUUCUCCCAAGUGAGAAGUACGGAUUAUUGUGUUUUAUGGUUUGUAUCAUUAACUUUCUUUAAUUCAUUUGUGCACAGUGCAUAAUAUUUUUAUAUUACUGGCCUUACCAGAUAAUUAUUUAGAAAGGUUAAUUGUCAAAAGAAGUUACACCUCUUUGGCGGUAGGUAGAUGUAUACAUCUGUCUGCUGUGAUCUACAGUUUUAGCGAUGUAAGAUUAGGAGACCUACUGACUUAUUCAUCUCUGGUUGUCUCUUGUUCCAAAGAUUUAAACUCUGUACUUUGUACAUAGUUCUCUUGCCCAAUUUUUGACUUCUGAUAUGAAAAUAUUUACUAAAAUUAAAAAAAAUCUAGUUUAGCUUACUAACUUUAUAGUUUUCCAAAGUGAUGGAAAAUUUUAAGCGUAUAUUUAGUAAGCAUAAGCAUACUAAUAAUUACUUCUAAAAAUAAAAGCAGGAAUUUGACUUUCUCCCAAUGUGGCUCAUAGAAUCCGUUUGUCUUAAAGCAUAUAGACAUGUGAACGUGAUCUUUUCCUGACAGAUUAUGAAGCAUUAUGACUUGUAACAAGUUCCCUUCUAUAUCACUACCAAACAGAUUUGGAAGAUGUAAGUAUUAGUAUGUUUUGCCUACUUGUUGUAUUUAAAUCUGUUGAUAUUUUCCUAUUGCCUUUUUAAAAAAAUAAAUGCACAUAAUGUGUUCUAAAAGAUGUGGGAUAAAUAAAACAACUUCAGUAAUUUCAUGUGUAUAGAUGAAACAUUUUUGAUCUGGAAAUUAAAAGCCAAGUAAAUACAAAAAAUAAAAUUUGAU